GUGACUUUCGAAAAUUGCGAAAAUUCAAUGCUAGGGAGUUUACGUUCGUCGUGUUGGGCAGGGAACUGUUAACGGGGAACGACGACGGUAGAUGGCGGUAGUUGUGGAACUCGACGCGACGAUAGCGCUUGGUGGGUCGGCUGAUACGAAUGGUCAGUACGUGUACGACGAUAAGGUCAUUCGGUUUGUUGCCGCGGCUCGCAGAAGCGGUCAGGAUUAAAGAGCGUGCACAGGAGCUCGCGCGCGCUCCUCGAAGAGAUUACAGAAAAGGAUAGUGUUUUAAUCGAAACGAUCGGGCGGCUCGUUCGCGUGGAAGUAUUGCAACGUGUUCAAAUAAUGUGCGGUGGUAAAAGUUAGUUUCUCAAGUGAGAUGCGUUGAUAGGAAUUCCAGCGGCUCGUACGGUACAUUCCGUUAUUUUCCCUGUCAAAGAAAGGCACGCGAAAAAUACUGGUUGUUUUUCCUCGCUCGCUCGUCGGUCGGCUGUGCGCUCGACUGCUCUCGAUUUUCCGCUCCGAGUGACUUGGCGCAGAAUAACCGGAGGAAGACAAGCCAUGUGAUACGUUCUACGGAGUUCGAAGACACCGUGGGGUAUAGCUCUGUCACCCCGUAGUGUUUUCACGACCAUUAACCAAGGCCACGUGGACCACGUUGGGAGCUUGGAAAAAAUAUGUGCCAGCAUGUCCGAAGCGGGCGCGCAGGAAGCAGCGAGCGAGGAGAUCGACAGGCAGGCGUCGGUUUACGUGUUCCCGGGAUCUGUUGCCCGUCAGCAUCAUCCGGCAUCCUCGACGACGCCUUCGCCGUCAACCACCGCCUCCGUUCCCGAGGGUUCGACGCCCGUCGCGAGCACCGCGUCCGUGUCCGUGUCCGCGUCCGCGUCCGUGUUCGCGUCCGCGUCCGCGAAAGGCGAGAACGACGAGGACGACGGGGCGUCGCGAAGCAGGAGGAGGCCGUGUCCGCGAACCCACGCCAGGUCGGCCAGCCAUGGUGGAGUGCUGGCCGUGUCCCUGACGACCACAGGGUUGCAGCCGAACGCUGGAUCCUAUCUUGGACCUCUGUCCGCGAUCGGGUCCGCGAGACCAUCCGCCCUCAAGAAGCCUGGACACCAAAGAGCCUUCAGUCAAGGUCAGGUGGUGGACGUACAAGGACACACCGUGACGGGUCACAGCCGCGUCGGCUCCAGAACGGAUUUCAUCCUCCCACCAGGCCACAGGGAGGAGGCCAGGCCACCCACCGCUGGGAAACCACCCUCCCAUCGAGGUCACUCGCGACAAGCCUCCAGAUCGGAGUCGAUAUACACGAUAAGACGUAGCGCAGAGCCGCCUUGGUGGAGAAGACUGUGGGCCAGAUGCUUCGGCCCGUUGCCGGAGGAACCUCGUUUAAGGACAAUAGUACCAAAUCACUUAGUGCCGCCGAAAACGCCGCAGAGUCAGCAUCCCAAUGGAAAGAGAGUAAACAAUAGGGUACGCACAACCAAGUACACGGUGCUGAGCUUCCUACCUCGCAACCUCCUCGAGCAGUUUCGCCGGGUGGCAAAUCUAUAUUUUAUAUUUAUCGUUCUGCUUAAUUGGGUGCCAGCCAUAAAUGCCUUCGGCAAAGAAGUCGCCAUGCUGCCCGUGAUCUUCGUGCUGGGCGUCACGGCGCUGAAAGAUUACUUCGAGGACCGUCGGAGGCUCGGCAGCGAUCGCCGCGUCAAUAAUUCCACCUGUCGCGUCUACGUCGGAGAAGACGACAGGUAUGCAAAACUGGCGUGGAAAGACGUGAAGGUCGGUGACCUGGUUCACCUCUCGAACAACGAGCGAGUACCAGCCGACGUGCUGCUCUUGCGGAGCAGCGAUCCACGCGGUUUGGCUUACAUCGACACGUGUAACCUAGACGGGGAGACUAAUUUGAAGCAACGACAGGUCGCCAGGGGCUUCGUGGACCUCCAGGACAGCUUUCAGCCCGCGAAAUUCCGAUCCGUGAUCGAGGUCGAUCAACCGAGCACGAGGAUAUACAGGUUUCACGGAGCCGUGGUUCAUCCAAACGGCGGAAGAGUACCCGUCUCCACGGAGAACCUAUUACUCAGGGAAUGUUUGUUGAAAAAUACCGACUUCGUGGAGGGCAUAGUGAUAUACGCCGGUCACGAGACGAAGGCGAUGCUGAAUAACGGCGGACCCAGGUACAAGCGUUCUCGUCUCGAGAAACAGAUGAACAGGGACGUGAUAUGGUGCGUGGUGAUAUUGGCGGUGUUGUGCGUGAUCGGCGCGACCGGAUGUCGCCUAUGGCUGUCCGAGUACUCCGACCUGACGUUCGUCCCGUUCAUCCCGGUCCUCCAGGAUCCCAGUUACGAGAGCAUGCUGACGUUCUGGACGUUCGUGAUCAUUCUACAAGUGAUGAUACCCCUCAGCCUGUACGUCACCAUAGAGAUGGCCAAAGUGGGGCAGGUCUAUCACAUCGGUCACGAUAUCGGUCUGUACGACGCGGACGCUGGACGACCGGCCGAAUGUCGCGCGCUCAAUAUCACCGAGGAAUUGGGUCAGGUGCAGUACAUAUUCUCCGACAAAACGGGCACCCUCACCGAAAACAAAAUGCUGUUCAGACGGUGCGCCGUGGGCGGGCAAGAUUACUCGCACACCGGCGUCGACGACGAACACCUGACGCCCUCCUCGCGUCUGAAGGAAGACCUCCUCAUAGGUACAUUCAGGCAACAUCUCCAAGAAUUCCUAGUCGUAUUAGCGAUAUGUAACACCGUUGUCGUAAACUCUCAACCCCAUUACGACAACAUGAACUCCAGCGGGGUGAUCGAGGAGCCGCGAAAAAAUGGCGACGAAACCGGAAAGUAUACGAGGAUGAUAGAAAGCAGGAGUCUGACCCCGUCGCCGGUCAUCCCUUUGUCUACCCUUUCGCAUCCGACGAACAGUCUCGACGAGAACGUGUCUUCGAUAUCUUCGAUGGUGGAAAUGGAGUCUGUGCUGAACAACACCACGAAACUGUCCAACAAAUUGUCCAGGCCGAAAUUCCUGAACGUGACGUCGAUACCGAGCUUAGGUAUGGGACUGCUGGGAAGGAAAUGGUCCCCGAACGGGGCCCAGAGAAGACGCAGCCCGCUGAGUCACGUUAUCGACGCCAGCGGGAAGAACGGAGACGAAUUGUUGCCGACGCCGGCGAUCUACGAAGCGGAAAGCCCCGACGAGCUCGCAUUGGUGAACGCGGCUCGCCUGUACGACGUGAAACUUCUUAAACGAACGGCCCGUAGCGCGAUCGUGUGUCUGCCGGAUAAAUCUAUCCUCACUUUCGAAAUUCUCCAUGUGUUGCCGUUCGACUCGAACAGAAAGUGUAUGUCCAUCGUGGUGCGCCAUCCCCUGACGAACGAAGUGGUGUUGUACAGCAAAGGGGCAGACAGCACCAUACUGUCCUCCCUGACUCCCCAGGAAGAGAGUUCCACGACUACCAUGAAGGUUCGACAGCAUUUGCAAUCGUACGCGCGUCAAGGUCUUCGAACCCUCUUGAUGGCCAAGAAGUCUCUGACCGCGCAAGAGUACGAAACGUGGCGACAAACGCAUACAGAGGCGGAGCUAGCGAUGGAGAACCGCGAACGUCGAAUCAAAGAGUCGUACGCGAUACUCGAGUCCCGUUUGACGCUUCUGGGAGCAACCGGGAUCGAGGACAAGCUCCAGGCAGGCGUACCGGAGACCAUGGCCACCCUGAUGGCGGCGGGGAUCGUUAUUUGGGUUCUCACAGGGGACAAACCAGAAACCGCAGUGAACAUUGCAUACUCAGCGCGUCUUUUUUCGCCCGCGAUGCAGUUACUGUGGCUGCAAGCAAGGUCCAAGACCGUCGCCGAGGCGUUGAUCCGCGGGUACCUUGAAUCCGCGAGGAGAGAGAGCAUGAUUCACGGUAACGAACGGAGGGGAAUCGAUAGUAUCAGGGACCUUGCAAUGUUUAAUCGCGACACGGCGGAGAACGACGCCCACAGAAUAGACAGCCCAUGGCCGAAGCAAAGGGCGCUCGUCGUGGAUGGGAAAACAUUGACCGUGAUCCUUGAUCCACGCUCAGGAUUGACGCGACCGUUUCUGGAGCUGACGAAGACGUGCUCCAGCGUGCUGGCCUGUCGGGCUACGCCUCUUCAGAAGGCGUACAUCGUGCGAAUAGUGAAGGAACAGCUGGGAAUGAGAACCCUGGCGAUCGGCGAUGGCGCGAACGACGUUAGCAUGAUUCAGACCGCGGACGUAGGUGUCGGGAUCUCAGGGAACGAGGGCACACAGGCGGUUAUGGCCGCGGACUUUGCCAUCACGCGAUUCUCGAUGCUCAGCAGGCUUUUGCUGCUGCACGGCCAUUGGUGUUACGACCGUUUGUCUAGAAUGAUCUUGUACUUCUUUUACAAGAACGCCACCUUCGUCUUCCUCGUGUUUUGGUUCCAGCUGUAUUGCGGUUUUACCGGAACAGUAAUGGUGGACCAGAUUUACUUAAUGCUGUACAAUCUCAUGUUCACGUCUAUGCCGCCGCUGGCAUUGGGCAUAUACGAUCGAAUAGCUUCGCCCGGCGUUUUGUUAUCUGUGCCGCAGCUGUACAAAAGGGGGCGACUUGGACUUAUCUAUCAACCUCAUUCGUUCUGGCUGACGAUCAUCGAUGCGUUGUACCAAAGCAUCGUUAUAUUUUUCGUGAACGAGAAUGUGUUCUACGACACGACCGUCGAUAUAUGGGAGUUCGGAACCACCGUAAUGACGUGUUGCAUCGUUGUUAUGCUGACCCACGUGGCCAUAGAAAUUCGAUCUUGGACCAUAAUCCACGUUUUUGCCAUAAUGGGAUCGUUAUCCGUAUUUUUUGGAUUCUGUUUGAUUUACAAUGUGGUGUGCGUUAAUUGUAUGGGCCUUCUAUGCUCGUACUGGGUAAUGGAAACGGCUGUUGUGAGGCACACGUACUGGCUUACGGUAAUACUUACUUGUGUUCUGGCGCUGUUGCCUAGGUUACUGCAUAAAACUAUAAAGUCCACGCUAUAUCCAGAUCUCACGCAAAGCGCCACGUUCAAGGUACCACUGAAAACCGGAAGCCAUCGACAACGAAUCGCUGAAAGGAGCGAGAAUAAUUUUAUCGCUGGUUGGUCGCGUUCAACGCAGCAUGCUACCAUAAGAACCGGAAGUAAGAACGACACGUUGACGACGAUCGUUGCAUGACAUAUCCUGAAGCGUCGAGCAAGACUGUUGGCAUUUCAACCUUUACUGUUCCUAAGGAUCGAAGUAUUAGGGAGCUUACGUUAACUCGAUGAAUGCUUUACUUUAUCGAUACCGUGUUGUUUGUUGUGAUCGUCAUCUAUUCGUAUCGAUUAGUGUUUUUAGUUGAAUCGAGUGGCCUUACAUUUCAGACUACUGUUCGUUGCAUUUGAUGGCUGUGACAUUUAGGGACCAAGACUGUUUAGUCCGAUAGUAACGUCGGUGUCCAUCGACGGGUCGAGCAAACGGUCCGGACUCAUCCGGAACACGAGUUGCAUACCGGAUCAAUUAGAGAGUAACUCGGGUCGCAAUUUCCCCCCUAGAAAUAAGCGUAUUGUAAAAAGAUACAUGAAAUGUAUAUUGCCUUGUACGAAGUUCAUGUUGUAUAAAUGAUAUAUUUACGUUACUAUAA